UGAGAAGUGGAGCGUGGACAGGGCCCGCCGCUGAUUGGGCGACACGCGAGCAGGUGGGGCGACGCGGACCAAUCGUGGGGCUGGCUGCGGCGCGGGUCGGAAAGGCCUGCUGCCGGGAGCUGGGAUCGCACUGUUUUUCGGCCAUGGCCUCGGAGAAGCGGCUCGAGGUGGUGACCUGCACCGCGCCGGUCAACAUCGCGGUCAUCAAGUACUGGGGAAAGCGAGACGAGGAGCUGAUCCUGCCCAUCAACUCCUCUCUGAGCGUCACGUUGCACCAGGAUCAGUUAAAAACCACCACAACGGCCGCCAUCAGCAGGGACUUCACAGAGGACCGGAUUUGGCUAAAUGGCCGGGAAGAGGAUGUGGGGCAGCCGCGCCUCCAGGCCUGCCUGAGGGAGAUCCGUCGCCUGGCCCGCAAGCGGAGGAGCGACGGCCACGAGGACCCGCUGCCCCUCAGCCUCAGCUACAAGGUGCACGUGGCCUCGGUGAACAACUUCCCCACGGCCGCGGGCCUGGCCUCCUCAGCGGCAGGCUACGCCUGCCUAGCCUACGCCCUGGCCCGGGUCUAUGGCGUGGAGAGUGACCUGUCGGAAGUGGCCCGCAGGGGCUCGGGCAGCGCCUGCCGCAGCCUGUACGGCGGCUUCGUGGAGUGGCAGAUGGGGGAGCGGGCCGACGGGAAGGACAGCAUCGCCCGUCAGGUGGCCCCCGAGUCACACUGGCCGGAACUCCGUGUCCUCAUCCUCGUGGUGAGCACCGAGAAGAAGCCGACGGGCAGCACGGCGGGCAUGCAGACCAGCGUGGAGACCAGCGCCCUGCUCAGGUUCCGGGCCGAGGCGCUGGUGCCGGCACGCAUGGCCGAGAUGACCCGCUGCAUCAGGGAGCGCGACUUCCAGGCCUUCGGCCAGUUGACCAUGAAGGACAGCAACCAGUUCCACGCCACCUGCAUGGACACCUUCCCGCCCAUCUCCUACCUCAACGACACGUCCCGGCGCAUCAUUCAGCUGGCGCACUGCUUCAACACGCACCACGGGCAGACCAAGGUGGCGUACACGUUUGACGCGGGCGCCAACGCUGUGAUCUUCACCCUGGACGACACUGUGGCCGAGUUUGUGGCUGCCGUGAGGCACAGCUUCCCCCCCGAGUUGAACGGAGACAAGUUUCUGAAGGGGCUGCCCGUGGAGCCUGUCCCGCUCUCGGAUGAGCUUAAGGCUGCGCUGGGUACGGACCCCACCCCCGGCGGCAUCAAAUACAUCAUUGCCACUCAGGUGGGACCCGGGCCUCAAGUCCUGGAUGACCCUGGCGCUCACCUCCUGGGUCCCGAUGGUCUGCCGAAGACGGCCGCCUGACCGCCUCCUCGACGGAGCCCUGGCCGCCGCCGGGAGAAGAGGCCGCUUUGCUGGGACUGGGAACCGGGUGUGGCGGCUGCCCGGCGUGCUUGUUGGGAUUUGUGCGUGGCCGCCUGGCUCCGGGCUGUGGCCGAGUUGGACAGUGGGACGACGCCUGCAGGUGCCCAGGCGGCCAGGGGCGGGGCCGCCAGGUGCCUCACCUUUCCCCGACCUGCGCCCAGCACCUUGCUGAGAUGGGAGCCUGGUUCCGGAUCCAAGCACUGGGGGACCGAGCCGGCCAGUGGGGAGCUGCCGGCGCAUCGCCAAAAAAGGGCUCUGGCCCUGAACUCGGGGGUCACUCCCACUGCCCCCAACAGCAGCUUGACCACUGGAGAUGACGGCGUGUCAGGGGUCCCCCCUUGGAGCUGGAGCACGGGCCACCGCACAGGGUGCGACCUCAGGACACCCCCGUGAAGUGCUCCGCCUAACCCUGAGCCCAGGCCCCCGAGUGGGUACAGGGUGUCUUCACAGAAAGACCAGUGUUGUGCCUGUGGGGACCGGGGAGCAGCGCCAAGGCCGCAGUAAAGGCAGUUCGACGAG